AUGUCGAGUCAUACGGAGGCUAAGACAUUCAGCAUUGAGUCUGACACUUUUGUCGGGGCUGUAAAAGAGCUCAAACCUUUCCACGGUAUCCAGUUUUCAUCAGACCAUAAGGUUUUCAUUUACUGGGACUUUGAAAAGUCUUAUUCUAAGCCUCUGCAUAUCGAGCUCUGGAAUUACGAGACCGGCGAACGCAUAGUCGAUCUGAAGGGGCCGCAUUCCGACCCAAAGACAGUGACAAUCUCAGAUGACAAGACACAGCUGGCAAUACUUUGUCAUGACUGGACCAUCCGACUCUGGAAUCUGGCUCAGGAGCCUCAAUCUCAGGAUUCCUGCCAAACUCCAAAGGAAGGGUAUGAAGCUUUUGAUGGAAGGGAAAUAUUCGAAAUGAUUCCUCAUCCUCGCCGCGACCUCGUUGUCUCGUUUCCCCUGGAUGAAAAGGGAGAAGUGAAGUUGUGGAACACGACAACAGCAGCCGUUGAGCAUCCACUUGGCCUUCUGGGGUCUGUUGACAUUUUGCCGAAGUCUCUUUCACCGGAUGGCCAACUCAUUGUCAGCACUGAUGUUGUCAGCCCUGAUAACAAACAGAAGCACCAGAUUAGAGACAUAUUCACUGGUGACAUUCUGAAAGAGUUUGAGGUAACUCAGAACUGGCACUCUGCAGCGGUCUUCAGUCCCGACUGCGGACUCCUGGCCGAUGGGUCAAUACAUCUGGAGGAUACCAGUAUAGAAAGCCUUGACAAUCUUGAUAGAAGUGCCACUUGCAGCAUGUCCCCUUAUGCUAGAGUCUGGGACAUCUCUUCCGGAGAGGUGCUUCAUCAAUUUGAGAGCAAGGUGGCCUGCGGAAUGCAUUUUUACUCUGCCCAGCUGGCCUUCUCGCCGGAUGGACUGUUCCUUGCAGUCAUUCGUCAAGCAAAGAUGCAACUUGAAGAGCCCGUGGCACUUGAAAUUUGGGCAGUGAACUCGUGGACACUAAUGAAAUCUACAACUCUUGCAGCCCAUGUGGUCAAAAGUAUUGCACUGUCUCCAGGUGGUACAGUUUUAGCGUACGCAUCGCCAUCUUCCGGUGGAGGAAUUCGACUACAAUAUAUGACCACUGAUAAAGUGCAAACAAUAGUUGAAGAAGCUUCAAACAUUUCCCUUGAGUUUUCUCCCGACGGGAAAUACUUUUGUUUCGUUGGAGAUGCAGUGGUAGCAGGAUCGCUGGAAUACACUACAAUUGGUCUUUGCGAUGUUAAGACAGCAAGUUUGAUUGGUGUGCGGGAUUUGAACGGUUGCCGCGACUCGUGGUCCCGGUCUCUGCGGAUGGAAAGACCAUCGACACUAGCAUGGGCCGACUAG